CUGGCGCGCGAAAACACGCGGAAGAAAACCGUCGAUCGUCGUCUCGAUUCCAGCGAAUGUGAAGAGGGAGUCGACUUCCAGUUCCAGCUGCUCGGCUUCCCUCUGCGAUUUCAACGCCAAGGAACGAUGGCUUCUUCUUCGCCUCCUCCUGCGAAGCGCCUGCGCGAGAGCGGCCCCUCGCCGCCGCCGCUCGAGAAGUCCUCCCCCGUGGUGGUCCUCGCUCACGGUGCCGGCGCAUCUUCUUCCUCCGAUUGGAUGGUUAGAUGGAAGGAAAUGUUGGGCAAGGCACUGCAUGCUGUUGAAGUUAUCACCUUUGACUACCCCUAUAUAUCUGGUGGGAAACGAAAAGCUCCUCCCAAGGCUGAAAAAUUGGUUGAGUUCCACUCAGAUGUUGUCAGAAAGGUUGUUGCUAAGUAUCCCGGCCAUCCGUUGAUUUUAGCCGCGAAAUCUAUGGGUUCAAGGGUCAGCUGCAUGGUUGCUAAUGAGGAAGGUGUUUGUCCAUCUGCAAUAGUUUGCUUGGGAUAUCCUCUAAAGGGCAUAAAUGGAGCUAUUAGAGAUAUGACUCUGCUGCAGCUUUCAGUUCCCGUAAUUUUUGUGCAGGGUAGCAAAGAUGGUCUUUGUCCCCUGGAAAAGUUGGAGGCUGUCUGUGAGAAGAUGAAAUCCACUACUAGGUUGUAUGUGAUUGAUAGUGGUGAUCACUCUUUUAAGAUUGCAAAGAAACUUUUGCAAAGCUCGGGGUUGACCCAAGAUGAAGCUGAAGAUCUUGCUGUCCAAGCUGUUGCUGAAUUUGUUUCCAAUGUGAUUAAUGAAAGAUGAAACCUCGUGUCACAAAAGCUUUACAUGCAAGUGAUGUGAAGGUUUGUUCAGCGGGCUUUUGCAACUGGCAGGAGGCCAUGGUGAAGAGUUAGACUUGUUCUUAGGAGUUUGCUGGGCUUCUCUUGUACUCACUCAAUUUUGAUCAAUGCCAUGAAACGAUUAUAUAGCCAUCGAUUGUGC